ACCUCGGACGUGAGAGGACCCCUGUGGCUUAAGGGGCCGCAUCCUUUUCUUCCCAAAACUUUCGGUUUAUCCCUACUGUGCCGGGAUCUAAAUGUCUUUGUAUCUUUUUAUGUUUCUCCUUGGAAAAAGUAAAACCUGUGAUAUGUCAUGUGACUGAACUGUCUAGGAGGGAGGGUGAAGAUUUGGGGGGUUUCUUAGAGCCACCAGAAAGGGUGCAGUUCCGGUGAGCAAGAGGGACAGGCCAGCGUAUGUAUGGAAAGGUGGCUUUUCCUCGGGGCAGCCCAGGAAGGCCCCAAGAGGACAAUGGAUUCUGGAACUCGCCCUGUUGGUAGCGGCUGCAGCAGCCCCCCUGGGCUCUCACGGGAAUACAAACUAGUGAUGCUGGGUGCUGGUGGUGUAGGGAAGAGUGCCAUGACCAUGCAGUUCAUCAGUCACCGAUUCCCAGAAGAUCAUGAUCCCACCAUUGAAGAUGCUUAUAAAAUCAGGAUCCGUAUUGAUGAUGAGCCUGCCAAUCUGGACAUUUUGGAUACAGCUGGACAGGCAGAGUUUACAGCCAUGCGGGACCAGUAUAUGAGGGCAGGAGAAGGGUUUAUUAUCUGUUACUCUAUCACUGAUCGUCGAAGUUUCCAUGAAGUUCGUGAGUUUAAACAGCUUAUUUAUCGAGUUCGACGUACUGAUGAUACACCUGUGGUUCUUGUGGGAAACAAGUCAGACCUCAAACAGCUAAGACAGGUCACCAAGGAAGAAGGAUUGGCAUUGGCCCGAGAAUUCAGCUGUCCCUUUUUUGAGACCUCUGCUGCAUACCGCUACUACAUUGAUGAUGUUUUCCAUGCCCUCGUACGGGAGAUACGCAGGAAGGAAAAGGAAGCAGUACUGGCCAUGGAGAAAAAAUCUAAACCCAAAAGCAGUGUAUGGAAGAGGCUAAAAUCACCAUUCCGGAAGAAGAAGGAUUCCGUAACCUGAAGAGAAGAUGUGCAGUGUUUAUCUGUGAACUGCAGUGCUGUUUCAAAGCAGUCCAGUAACCUGCAGUCAUGAGCAUGGUGCUCGCUCUUUCUCCUGUUAGGACCCUUGUUUUAAAAGUAACUGAUAAGAGGGACAUGCCUACUAGGAGUUUUUAAUGAUGUGGUAUUUAAAGUAUUGUCUGUUAAGUAUGAUUUAUUAACCCAGUGGAGCACUGUCUGCUUUUAAAUUGUCACAUUAGAAUUUGAUCUACCAAUGUUUUGGGUUCUAUUGUGCUGAUAUUAAUGUAACUGUGUUUAUACCCAGGAGAAUAUGUAUACCAUGUAUGAUUGACUAACUUCGCAAGGGAAGUUUUUGCCCUGCACUCCACAUUAUCCUUCCAUUUCAGUUUCCUGGGACUAUCCCAGAGAAAGACCUCAGUCUCUUCUGUUCACACUAUGCUUCCUAGGGACUGAAAGAAAAUCAUGUAGGGAAAUCAGGGCUAAUGAGAUCAGUGCCAAAUUUCAGCAGAUACUGUGGGGCUGCCUCCUGUUGCAGACUGUGGAGGGUGAGAUGUGGGAAAAUUAGGCUGUCUGUUUGCAGGGCUUAAAAAGGCAGGCUCAGAACAGUAUUCUCAGUGCAAGCUUGGUUUUUCUAAGAAGUGCACAUUUUACCCAAACGCACUGGGAUGAGUGAGAACAGUCAGAAGCAUAUAAAAUGUGAUGAAGUUUUCUCCUAGGAAGUUAAUUUACUGUUCAUUUCAGGGUUUUCUUUUUUUACCUGCAAAGAUAGACAUUUUGAGAAUCAUAACUGUAUUAACUAAACUUGUUCAAUCAAAAUUUGCAGUUGGGUCAGCCAUUGCCUUGUCCAGGUUAAUUUUUUCCCCACAGGUGCACACCCAAUGUGUGUAUAUUAAUGGCCUCCUCCUACUUUGUGCUCUGUAGAAGAGCUACAGUGGAAAGAUGUUUUUUUCCGACCCUGCGUCGCUGAUUGCGUUUUCCAUACAGAAGAGACAUCAGGGGUUUGGGUAAAAUUUUACCCAAAAAAGAUUUUGUUGGAACACUGAGUCUAGGGAUUGACGUGGACAAUCACUAGACUCGGUGCGCUAACAAAGUCUCCUAUUUCUGUUUAAUGGGUCAUUCUUAAAGCUUUAAAAUUCACAUAGGUGGCAUCUCAUCUGAAGAUUUCUUUACAAGGACUUUGUAAGUUCAUCUCAGGGUUAUCUGAGCCUUGACCAAGUUUAUCCUAAGGGAGUACCACUUUGCUUCCUGUGCAUAGUUGAGAAACUGUAGUCCUAGGAAGAAACAGCUUUAAAUAUUGGUAGCGAAUUCUCUGUUUUAAGAUCAGGACUGUUUUGAUAUCUGACCUUGUUAUAUGUGGAGAGUAAAAUAAUGUAUCACAUGUUGAAUAUUAAAUGUCACGGAAGCAAUGUUCGUGUCAACUAGAAACUAAGAAGAUAACUUUGUGUAGCACCUCUUGAUAAGCACACAGCUCAUCUUAAUAUUUUCCAUUUUUAUUAGAGGAAGUAGGACAGAGUUGUGUUUUUCUUUAUAAACUAAUGAUAAAUGUUCUAGAUUUAAAGAAAAGUGACUGUUAGAACCUAUUUGGCUCUGAGUAGUGGUCCCUUUUGAAGCUCCUGGAAACAUUUUUGUUACCAAAUAAAUCAUGCUUUAUGGUACUCAAGCCAUCCAAAAAUGAAAGACCCAGAAUUUGAUUCUGUACAGGACAAAAAUCUCACAGGAACUAUAGCACUUUGGAAAAGCAUCAAAAAGUAGGAAAGAAAUACAGUGCAAUUCUAUUAUGAGAAUGUUUUACAUUUAAACUGGUUUAGCGCCUUUUAAGUUUAAUGCCAUAGCUUAUUACUAAUGACCUGGGGAAUUUUUAAUAGCAUUAAGCAAUAUAUAUAUGUAUUUUAGUAGACAUGAGGUUUCACUAAUUUGCCCAGGCUGGUCUCGAACUCGUGGGCUCAAGCUGUCCUCCCAAUAUCCUGGGAUUACAGGCAUGAGGCACCACCUGGCCCAAGCAAGAAAUUGACAAAUUAUUAUUAUUUGAUAUGGAGUCUCACUCUGUCACCCAGGCUGGAGUGCAGUGACAUAAUCUCAGCUCACUGCAACCUCAGCCUCCCGAGUAGCUGGACUACCGGUGCCCACCACCAUGCCUGGCUAAUUUUUGUAUUUUUAGUAGAGAGAGUUUCCAUCGUAUUGGCCAGGCUGGUCUCGAACUCCUGACAUUGUGAUCUGCCUGCCUCGGCCUCCCAGCGUGCUAUGAUUAUAGGCAUGAGCCACUGCGCCUGGCCAACACCAUAUAAUUAAGGUAGUCAGGCAGUAGAGAAUAUUGCCAGAAAGAUAGAAGGGAAUUUGGAUUAUAUAUAAGGAAAAUAACAAAUAGUUGUUUUAAAUUUAAGACUAUCACUGUCAUAUAUUAAAUCCUUGUAUUAAUUAGUCCAUCCAUUAGUACCAAAGAGUUCUAUUGGAGGUGCUAGGUAGUUUGACAGGUAUAAUAUGCAUAAGUCAUAGCUCUAUUCUUAGUGCCAUAAAGUGUAGCUAAUUUAUAAGCUCUAAGUAAUCAGCUUUAUCCAAUUUGAGGGCAUUAAAAUUAAUUACUGCCUAGAACUUUGAAAAGAAAAAUUCAGGGAUAAGUUGAAAGGCACUGGAACUGCUCAUGUCUGUACCAGACCAGUAAAUUAUAAGAUCCAGAUGUUAGUGUCUAGAAUUAGCUCUCUAGAAUUCACAGGGGACAUAUUUCAACUUUGUCAUAUAUUAGCAAAAAUUGGUCUACUGUGAUGUUUGGGGAGGAGGAAGAGGGAAAAAGUUUUUUAAUGCGCUUGUGUGUGAAGACAGUUUGUAUGACAUAAACAAAACUUUUAAACAA